AUGUAUACCAGAUCACAAAGCCCUGUAAAUGUUUACCAAGAACCUAUCAUACGCCGGACAAUUGGUCAGUUAGUAAAAGGCAAUAAAAGUGAAAACCAGGAUGCAGCUCAUAUAUAGGAAUUGCCCGAGGAUGGCGCUAUCUUGCACCAUCCUCGGGCAAUUCAAAAAAUGGCCCCACACCGGGAAUCGAACCCACGUGUGGGGCCAUUUUUGGUGCGUGUAAGUCGAUGUUGGCCACACACCAAAAAUGGCCCCACACGUGGGUUAGAUUCCCGGUGUGGGGCCAUUUUUGAAUUGCCCGAGGAUGGCGCAAGAUAGCACCAUCCUCGGGCAAUUGCUAUAUUUUCUUUUGAAAUUCUCAACAACAUUAUUUCAAAAAAUAAUAUAAAUAAACUUAAGAGCACAGACGAUGUAAUAAGAGAAAUGAAUAAAGAUAUUAAUCUAGUGCUAAAAUCUCGAAAAGAGAAUCGCAUUGAUGAUAGAAGAUUGGACCAUAAAAUAAAGAAAGCUAUCAAUAUAAAAAAACAAGUUAAAAAGCCAGAAGUUAUUAGCAGAAUAAAGAAACAAUAUGAAAUCAUAAAUCAGUUAAAUUUUCCUCCAGAGCUGAAAAAUAAACUGAUAAGUAUAUAUGAAGAAUUAAAAGAUGAGAACGAUAGGUUUAUUUGCAAAAGAGAGGUUUGCAAUAAUUUAAAAGAAGGGAAAAUUGAUAUAAAAGAAGAAGGCUUAAAAUUGCAUGAAAAAUUGGUUAGAAAUAUUAGAAAAAGGCAAAUCCAAAGACAAGAAGCAUUCGUUGAUGCUGCUGAAUCAUCAAAAUCUCUUACUUCUAAAGUGAAAUCUGCAAAAAUAGAAGAAAUAAGUGAAGCUGAAUUUCUCAAUAGUUUUGAAACUGAAAUUAUAGUGAACUACACUGACUGGCACGGGGUGCUUUUGGCUCAGUUUCGAGCCAAAAGCACCCCGUGCCAGUCAGUGUAGUUAACUAUAUAGAAAAAGGAAUAAUAAAAACCCAAAAAGCAGAAACUCAGGCAUCAAAAAAACAAUUACUGAGACCAAAUUUAAUUAAUAAUGAAAUAUUAAGUCAGCAGAAGAAAAAUCAAGAGCUUAUUGAUAACUGUUUCGAAGAAAAUAAAAUAUCAAACAAAGAAAAGCCUUGCAUUAAAUCUCCUCAAAAUAAAAUUUUUUCAAAAACUGCACCUCAUAAAGAACUACAGAAGGAUGUGGAAGAAAAAGUAUCUGGGAAGAAAUUCUACAAAGGAGGAAGAUUCAUCCCAGGUGGAGGAAGAGCGCCCAAAGGUGGCAUUUGGAUAUAA